AUGAGCGAACGUGUAAAUUCUAACGACAUUCCCUCGGUCUCCGAACUGAAUGACCUCCGAGUGGUCGACGCGACAUCGUCGCAGCUGGUUGAUGCCUUGGCUUGGAGAUUGAGGCAGGAUGCGCCAUCCUUGAGCCUUGAAGCGUGGCGACGUAUCGAAGACACUCUCUUGUCUGCGUCGCAUGUGGUCAAAAUUGCCGUCAAUACAACGUCUCCUAUCCAUCGCCUUCCGGUGGAGACGUUGAUGGCGAUAUUCCUCUUCGUCCCGAGGGGUGACCAGGAUCGGUGGAGGUAUUCCUACCUGACGAUCCUCGAUGGUGGCAUGACCCACCCCAGGGAAGUGGUCAGGCUGACACACGUCUGCCAACACUGGCGAAGCAUCGCCAUUGGAAUCCCUGCCCUCUGGACCAACAUCCGCGUUAGCGACCACACCGUCUCCGCUGAAGCACACGCUACCUUCAUCGAACGCUCCGGCAAUGCAUCGUUGACUGUCGGUCUGCGCGGAGAUCCACCGAAUGCCCCUAUAAUCAGCUUGCUCGAGCAAACGCCGAGCCGCAUCAAGGACCUGCGCUGGGACAUGGUUACAAGCCGUGACUUCGAAAAAUUCAUUCGGCCCCUCGCACCGACGCUCGAGGCUCUGACAUUCCGCGGAAACGACUGGUACUACGGGCGAUGGGAGAAAUUACGUCUGUUAGGGAGAUUGCAGCCACAGCUACGCCUUCUUUGCUUGAAGGACUCAUCCCAUCUCCCAUCGGAUCAAUUCACGAACUUGACAUCCCUCUGCGUCGAAAACUUCGACAUCACGCAAGAUGACGACAGUCGAGAGGCAUUCGUAUGCUUGCUGAACGGCGCUCCCCUUCUGGCUACUCUCGUGCUUGCCGGGACUCGCAGACUGAACACACCCCAAGCUAUUCGCACCUCGCGACGCGUUGCCAUCCAGCCCGCUACCGUUCCCGCUCUUCAGCGAUGCGUCUUUCGAGGCGUGCAUGUAGAACGGGUCAAGUGCUAUCUAUCGCUCAUGACACUACGACCUACCGUAGCCAUCAGUGUCGACGGCUAUGGUGGUGACUAUUGGGACAUGCAUUGGGACCUCAAGGAGUUGCCAUUGAUGUCGCGAAUGACUCGAUGUGCGGUACGCAGCGUACAGGAUGGGACAGCGGAUAUCUUGGCCGUCGGUUCCGCGUCGGGGUUCCGAUGCCAUUACGAAGGCGAUGCGACGAAAUGGAACUCCUGGCGGUACUCAACAGACAUAUUCACGGAGACGAUCUCCUGUAAACAGUUCCGUGAACUGUGGCUCACGUUUUGGCCAGAAUACACGAACCUUGAACGAAGUGCCAGUGCCAUGUUGGGCUUCUUCUAUAGCUUCCCCAACCUGGACACAAUGACAAUAGCGGACAAGUACCUGCCCGUCUGCGUCAGGGCAUUGGCGGGCCCGGAAGGGACGAAGAGCAUUGUCUGCGGCGACUUACGAGUUGUGCGGGUCAUACUGGGAGAAUACGACGCAAGGACUGCCUUGGACAUGAUGGCGGACGAGCUCACAGACAUCAAUAUCGUCCUUUCGGAUGUUCCGCCACCAGCACCAGGACAAGAGGCGGACAAUGCGAACUUGGAGGAGCUUUCCCCAUCGGUGACGUACCUACCGAUGUGCCCGAGGAUGGAGAUCCCCGCAGUCUGUGAAGCCGACACCGACUCUGUGGCAUGGCCAGCAUGGGCUUGA